GGAGGACGGGGCGAAUGAGUAAUGACAGCCGACAGGCCACAGGGUGUCGGAUAAGGCCAUAGGAGUUACCGCGAAUAAACCAAUCGCCGUCCACCGAUCCCUUUGCAGGUCGUUUUAUUGAAUAAAAUAAAAGUAGUUUUUAAAAAAUUAAAGGCCAAAUUAUGGGAUCGAUAGUUCUUAAAAGUCUUUCAGUGCUACUCGGCGUUUUCUUCCUAUUUGUGGGAACUAUGAAAAUUAGUCCUGUCAUCAAUAAAGAACUUCACAAAGAUCUUCGCAAAGACUAUGUUAGUUAUGCCAAAGUAUUUCCAUUAUCAAAGAUGAUAGAUUUCAAAGUACCAGCUAAAUGGUAUCGAAGAACAGUUGGUGCUAUUGAAGUAUUUAGCGGUGCAUGUUUGGCUUUCAUUCCUAUCAGAAAUGUAAAAAAUGGAGCUAAUAUAACUCUUUUACUAUCACAUAUUUUGGCUGUAUACACACAUUGGGCGGCUAAAGAUAAAUUUGACCGUAUGGCUCCAUCAUUAGUGUUCUUGUUUAUGUUGGCUGGACGACUAGUAAUCGACUACCAAAUAAAGCGUAAAGAACGAUUAGAAAGUGCAGAAGCAAAAACUUUAAAACAAGAAUAAAAAAUUAUACUUAAAUGCCUAGCUCAUUAUUAUGUAUUAAUUUUGAAUUUUUUUUAUAUAAUUUGACUGGUUUUCCAACUUAUUUUAAUAUUUUGCUGUUUUGUGUUCAUUCAAUCUAGUCACUAUUAUUAAUAUGUAUUUGUAUAUAAUUUAAUUGUGGAGUGUUAAUUAAUUCAUUUUGGAUACAAUUAUUAAAAUAGUACUAAUUUUUUUUUACAUA